UGACGGUGGCCGGUGGGUGCCGUGUUGGUGUAGACCGUACAGCGUCGAGGAGCGUGGAGUUGUUGUCAAUUGUAUUGUAUUCUUGCCCCACGCCCCGCUCCCCGGGAGUGAGUUCGGAAGUCCACUUCAGUAGCACGUCGUACGUGCGGCUCGGGUAGCUCUCGUCCAGUGCGGCAGGCGACCACCGGGCCGGCGACAGCGGGCUGUGCUGGUGCUGCAGCUUUGGCGUGUGCAUGCUGAGGCUUUGAGCGUGCGGAUGGCGGACCCUGCGGCGGCGGCGGCGCCCAUGACCAUCGACUUCCUCCGGGCGCGCCUGCUCUCCGAGCGCUCCGUCUCCCGCGCAUCCAAGGAGCGCGCCGACCAGCUCGCCGCCAGGGUCGCGGAGCUGGAGGAGCAGGUGCGGGCGGUGACGGCGCAGCGGCGGCAAGCGGAGCGGGAGGCCGCGGAGGUGCUGGCAGUCCUGGAGUCCCGGGGCUUCUGCGGCAGCCUCUCGGACGUGCUCGACUCGGGCUCCGACGACGCCGAGGAGGAGGAGCGGGACGAGCCAUGCGACGCCACGGUCACCGGCGGCGAUCCUGCGCCCCGCUCCCACGGCGAGGAGGGACCGGAGCAGGAGCAGGAGCAGCCGCCAGCGAAGGGCGAAAGGAAGGAGGAGGAGGACGCGACUUCCGGGACGGCGCUGCAGCCCGGCGGGCUGUCGUGGAAAGGGCGGUGCGCCAGCCCGCGGAGGGCCAGGCAGCUCAAGCAGCGGCACCGCCGGAGCUACGUCUACUUCCUGGCCUCGCAGUCGGACCCCUCGCCCAAGUACCGGAUGGGCCAGUCCUGCCGGAAGAACAAGCGCAAGGAGCUCAGUAGCGUUGCUGCCGUGGUCGCGGAGAGUCGGAAGGAACAGCGAGACGGACCGCGUUGCGCCGAUGAUGAUGGCCGGACCGAGUUUGACGGCGAGGUGGGCGGAGACGACCGGCGGAGCUCGGGGGACGGUGGUGGUCAGUACGUGAUGAGGCGCGACGAUGGUGACGGGGAGAUGGAGAGGGUGCUGGAGAAGCAGGCCGAGCUGAUCGGGCAGUACGAGGCCGAGGAGAAGGCUCAGACCGACUGGGAGAAGAAAUUCAACGACACCGGGAGCUCACCCAACAAGGGUGAUGUCGAGGCAGAUUGCCAUUUACAGACCAAAUCAGGUGGUGAAAAACUCGUCGUUUCCAGACCACCCAAGAAUUCAUCAGAAGAAAUGGCGCCGACCCCUGCCAUAUCAGCACAAGGAAGCUCCAGCUAUAGCACGGCCACAAGACGAAGCCAAGACCAGCAAGGAGACGCGAACUCAGACGGCUGCUCGAGCCGAUACACGACCUCCGCGUCAUCGUCCGGGCUCGGCGCCGUCAAGGCGCCAUCGGAGUCGAGCCCGUCGGUCAGCAAGGUCUCGGACUGGAGCUCGUCACGCUUCCACGACCACGCCGACGAUCAGCAGGGCAACAUCGAUGUGGAGAGCGUUCUCCAGGCCCUGCAGCGCGCCAGGAUCUCCCUGAGGCAGAAGCUGGACAGGCCGCUCCCGCCCAGCCAGGUGACGCUGGCGCUCCCGGCGCCGGGUGAUGAGUACCGUACCGACCUCUACAACGACGACGACGACGGCAGCAGUUCGUACAGGGAUGGACACGUUGGGUCGAGCCCGUCUCGGCAGGAAAUACUGGCCCUCCCAGCGCCGGAGGACUACCAUGGUUACCAUGACCAUGGAAGCGCAAACUGCUCGACCGAUGGCGCCGAUACUGCACUCACGGAGAACCCGAGCCCACCUCAGCAGGAGAUCCUGGCUCUCCCGGCCCCGGGCGACGACGAUGGCGACGGAGAGGACGAGGUGAAGGCCCCCGUCGGCAGUCCGGGCCUGUUCCGGCUGCCGACAGACUCAUUCCCAAAGGACGAGACGCUGCCAGCAAUUAGUAACGGGCACGAUGCAGAGCUCAGGUCGAUUGAGGUUGUGGCUGCUCGACACGACACAUACAGAGAUGAUGAUGGUGCUGGGGUUUCAGCUUCAGCGAAGCAGUUGUAUGAUCCUCCUACUUCUGGUAGGUGCAAUGUUCCACCGGGCUCAGGCUUCGUCUCCGGGAUCCCAGGACUGCCGGAAGACCUGAGGAAGGGAGGAGGUCCUCUUGGAGACGCGGACCCGUUCAUGCAGCCGCGGCUGCAUGAUUACACCAUUUCUAACAAGUUGAUGCUGUAGCGUGUGUUUGCCGUUGAUUGUUUGUCUAUAGCGUGUGUUGGUCGGCUUUUUCUUGUGGUCCGAUGACAGACAGUGGCGUGCAUGCUAUGCUCUGCAGCAGCGUUGUCAAGCAAGCACAGCCAGUUUGUUCACCGGAAUCACCGGCAGUGGAUGUAAAGAUGCCAUUGCUUGCUUGACAUCCGUGCUAACCUCGCCCAAGGCAAGACAGGAAAAGUUGCGUCGCUUUUGGCC